AACUGAUGAUGUGUCGAGAAAAACAUUGUCACUUCCGCGUCUCCGUUGUGUUCAGCUGUGAUUGGAAGUGGAGUCACCUGAACUGCCCAUAGAGUUAUGGAACUAUAAGGGCUCAAAUUUAGUUAAUUCUACUUUAAACUAUCUCACGAGCUUGUAUUUUCAAGAGAGGUUAGAGUGUUAGCUACAACAUACGAGGCAAAGGCAGGAAAAGUCAGCUAGCAUUUUAGCUAGCCUCCUGGACUGGUGGUCUGUCAGUGGCUGCAGACUCACCCAUGGAAGAUGGAUCUCCUUUGUGAUAUAGUGCAAGCUUUGGUUGCAUUGGCAGCUCUAGGUCUGAUUGUGCUCCUCGUUGUAGCCCACGUAACUGCAAAGAUGGUGAACCUGACACGCCACGAGAAAGAGAAGUAUUUCCCUACAGCCACGGGAGAGAAGGAGAUUUUCCCAAGUCUGCAUGAUCCCCAGUCCAGGGAGCUGUCAGUGGUGAUACCGGCCUACAAUGAGGAGCUCCGAAUGCCUGUGAUGCUGGAUGAAGCUAUGGAGUACCUGGAAAACAGACAGAAAGAGCAUCCCUCUUUUACCUAUGAGGUCAUCGUGGUUGAUGAUGGCAGCAAAGACAAAACCACAGAGGUUGCUUUGAGGUACACCAGGAAGUACGGCGCAGAUAAAGUGCGAGUCCUGACGCUGGUGAAGAACAGGGGGAAAGGAGGCGCUGUGAGGAUGGGGACUAUGAGCUCCAGAGGGAAAGUCAUUCUGAUGGCAGAUGCUGAUGGAGCCACAAAGUUUUCUGACCUGGACAAAGUAGAGGCGGGACUUAAUGAGCUCAGCCCUAAACCGGAGAACAUGGGCAUUUCCUGUGGGUCCAGAGCUCACCUGGAGCAAGAGUCAGUAGCUCAGAGAUCCACGUUUCGUACCUUCCUGAUGUACGGCUUUCACUUCCUGGUGUGGUUCUUUUGUGUGCGGGGGAUCAAGGACACACAGUGUGGGUUCAAGCUUUUCACACGAGAGGCUGCGCUCAAGACCUUCUCGUCUCUCCACGUAGAGCGAUGGGCCUUUGAUGUGGAGCUCCUGUAUAUCGCCCAGUGCUUUAAAAUCCCCAUAGCAGAGGUGGCCGUCAACUGGACUGAAAUAGAAGGGUCUAAGCUGAUCCCGUUUUGGAGCUGGCUGCAGAUGGGAUCAGACCUCAUUUUCAUUCGCCUGCGCUACAUCACCGGAGCCUGGAAGCUGCAGUCAUCGCUAAAGACUGACUAGCCAAUCAGACGAGCCCCAUGUGUCAUAGCAGCAGCCAAUGACAGGGCAGUCAAGCCUUUUUAUAUGAGGUGGGAUUAACAACUGUGUCCAUCAAGUCACUGUAAUCAAGAGAAAAUUGCACUUCUUUCUCCUCUUCGAAUGUCCUCGGAUGUGAAGUAAUGACACAGUUGUGAGUUGUUUCGCCGUCCUGCCUUUGAAAAAAAAAAACUGAUCCGGGCUUGUGAUGGCGGAUGUUACGUGCACAUUUCUGUUUCAACGGUUACAGAAUGUGUGUAAAGGGGAACCUUGUGCUAAGUUACUCAAUGUUUAUUUUGUGGCCAAUCAGCUGUAAGUGAAAACAUGUAUAUAGAAAUGUGAAAGAUAUGAGAAUCAGUUUCAAUGAUUCUUACAGGUAGGAUGGAGAUCUGAAAAGGGAGGGGUUAUAUAUCUGAGAAAACAUGGCUUGGGUCACUUCAACCAAAAUAAAACAAUGUCAAUGAUUUAUGA